GGCGGGAGCUGAAAAUAAGAGGUGUAGAGGGUAUUUAAGGGCAUCUGGAGAGAUGCUUUCCAUGCUGUUGAGACGUCACUGGUGUUCCUUCUGAAGCCAACAUGAAGCUGAGUAUUGUGAUCUCCAUCUGCGCUCUACUUUACCUCUCUGGUCACACUUUGGCCAAGUCAAAACGUAGGAUCAGGGUUGAUUGUCGAGGCUACGGUCCUUUUUGCACUAGGGAGUACCGCCCUCUCUGUGGGUCCGACGGCGUCACCUAUAAUAAUGAAUGCUUGUUCUGCGCUGCCAAACGAAAGAACUGUAACCUUGUGGCCUGUCGUCGCGGAAGAUGUCAAAAGUUUGUACAGCAGAGGAGGCUGAACCCGUGGAAGCAUUGGCAGAGGAAGAAGCACCUGAGGAAGCAGAGGCAGCAGUGGCACCCGAGGAAGCAGAGUAGUAGUAGUAGUAGUAGUAGUAGUAGU